UGUACCUUCCAGGUGUUGCACAUGAAACAACCCUGUGUGUUUUUUUUCACACUUUCUUUGAUUUUCAGUCAAACAAGAAUUUCCAUGCCACGUAAUACUCCUUGCAGAGCUUGCCAGAAGCGUCAAAAAGGUUGCUUUUGGCGUGGAAACUCGAGCGUCUGUAAUCGGUGUAAAAAGUUACGACUCGAAUGUGUUGUUGUUCGUCAACAGGAUCUCGAAACCGGGGAGGAAGAUGUGACGCCAAGAGAAUACGUUGAAACUUCUUUUGAUUACUGGAAUUAUCAAGUUCAACAACUCGAGAUCGAGCUUGCGGCCGCGGAACAGACGCUACGACAAUAUCAAGACUGUAGUAGCAGCAAUAGCAGCAAUAGCAGCAUCGCCAGCACUGCCAGUAGUAUUAGCAGUAUUAGCAGCACUACAAGCAGCUACGCUGACUACAGUAGUCCCAGUGCCAGCAGCUACACCAGUUUCAGUAACUAUAGCAACUGCACUGACGACGAUGCGCAAGAUCCGCUUAAACAACAACGACAGCAGCAGCAGCAGCAGCAGAUGGAGUGGAAAUUGACUGUCGAGAAUGGACUGAUGAAGCUGCAGACGACGAUCAAUACCAUGGAAGAAUUGUUCAUGUACAGCCGCGCAUCGCUACGCUAUCUAUCACCUUUUCGAAGUCUCUUUAAAGGAUCAUCGUCCAUCCGCUUCGAAAACCCAUUCUAUGUUUCCACCACGUUUCGCGCUUUCCGCUUCAUGUUUUCGCAAACGACUCGGCCGAAUUUACCAUCACAAAAGCAACAGCAACAAUCAGCACCAACGAAAUCCACACGAGACAUCAUCGAUCAACUAGUCCAGAUUCACCUCAAAUACAAGAACCCUAAACAUGCAUUCCUGCACGGACCUUCGUUUCUCAAACAUUAUGAGUCACUUCGAGACCCACUCACAUGCCCGAUCACGCUUGCCCUCUGCGUCGACACCAUUUGUACUACACGUAGACUUGACGACCAGUAUUACACAUCCGCCCGACGACAUCAUAUGGCCAGUUUUUUCUACGAACGUUGCAAAGCCAUUCUUGCCGAGAUGUUUGACGAUCCUGACCGCAAGAUCGAGACAAUCAUAGCAAUACAUUUUUUAAAGUACUACAUUAUGUUUGUACUUUUGCAACCCAGAGAAGCACGUCGACUGGUUACGGUCGCCUAUCUCUUGUGCAAGGAUCUGGAGCAAUCCUUCACUUAUCAUGAAAAAGGCAUUAACAAUGUAUCUCGGAUCAUUGUGCAGCGUCAUCUCUUGUACAACGAGAGGUUGCUCAACAUCCAUAGUUUCUUGAACCGUGAUACUGCUUUCAAAUCUGAGCCGGGCUCAAGCUUCAUGGAUAAAAUACCGGGUGAAGAUGGAGUCGUUGGGAUGUUCAUUGAUAUGAAUAACCGUCUGGUUCAACUGUCAAACGAUUUCCAUAUCAAAGUUGUAGUAACAGGUCCAGAGAACAUGUCUAAUGAUGACAGUGGCCUGAAUCUUGAAACAAUCAUCCGAUCCGAUGAAGCGAUCAAAGAAUGGUGGGCUUCGACUCCUACCCAUUUGCGCCUGUGUUACGAUUUAUACGCCGAUAAUGUCAGCCUAUCGAGCGAAACGGAUUGGAUGAGGGCUGUUAUAUAUUGCUUUGCUCAUGUCAGCAUCAUGCAGGUUCAUGUUUGCCUACUCAAGCCUAUUUGCUUAGACGACGACGACGAUAGCAGCAUCAAAAUCAAUCGAGAUGUUUUAGCACCGCUACGAGAGCAGGCGAGAGAGACUGUUUUACGUUCGUGCGAACUAUUGUUUGAUGUCAUGAUUCAGAUACUUUCCUCUCCUGAAGAAAAGCCCACCGUUGUGAUAUUUGAGUUGAUUUCUCGAGCAAUGAAUGCGCUAGUAACAGUAUCAAGUCCAAGCGUGUCGACUGCUAUUCAUCAAAAGCUGUACAAGUGUAUCAAUGCAAUCUAUUCGUUAUUUCCAUCCGACACCCUAACUGUUCCGCCUUCGCUAUCGCCACUGAAGGCACUGACAGCAACAUCUCAUCAGAAAAUAAGUGAUUUCACAGUGUACCGAAAAUAUCCUUUACCAGGGUAUGCUCUGUUCGCUGACAUCUUACAUGCAUUAUGCGCUAAUUUGCAAUCUCAUCUUGUUAGUACUUCGCCCGAUUCUUCCUACCUUACAAACUUUAUGUACUCCAUUGAUGUUUUCACACAUGGUGCUGUAAAGCCACAAGUAUGCACCUGAAGCUUUGUAUUUAAGCACCUCCACCUACUUCAACCCUCUUCCUCUGCCCUUUCAACUCUUCAAGUUGCAUUAUUGUAUAUUAUCCCAACACCCCUUCAUUUGUACAUUAGGAUUUUUCUCCGUCAUUUUAAGUUAAUAGAGUAGUUGCUCUUAGUAAUAGAAAUAUAAAUAUGGAAGUACGUUUGUUUUUAUUUUGCAUACACCGUC